GCCCCGGCUCGGCCCCGGCUCGGCCCCGCCCCCCGCCCGCGGCUCGACUGUUGCUCUGAGCGGCCGCCGAGGCAGGUGCGGCGGCGGGGGUCGCCGAGCGGCCGGGGUUUCUUGCUUUCGCGUUCGUCAUGCACUAGGCUCCGCGGCAUAAGACCCCUGAAAGCAGUGAAUGAACCGUCCUCCUGGAGGGCCGCAGCUCCGAGUGCAGGCUGUGGGAGGCUCCGUGCGAGGGCGCGCGGCGAGUGCGGGGAGGUCUCCGACCUCGGCCGCUGCCCCCCGUGCCGGGCGCGGCUCCGGGACGGGGAACCCGGCUGUGUCCCCGGCCUCGCAGACCGUAGCGGCUCGGGAAGGAGAGAAGCAGCAAUGAGAUGGUCACAAGAGGACGACCGUGGGAAGAUGAGCUGUGCCCUAGCCUCAUGUUGAUGUCCUAAACCGAGGGGGAGAGCCUUUCAAGGACAGUUAGGGAUAAUGCUGAAGAGGUCCAAGAAGAGGAGUGAGGACAGAAAGUAGCAGGAGUUGGCAGGAGAGCAACCAGAGCCCAGAGGAGAGAGGGGUUCUGAGGGCAUUUGUCAGUUUGUCCUCCAGUGCUUGGAAGAUGUGGAGUUUUUCAGUGAUCCAGUCUCAAGAGGAGUCUUCUCCAGUGUCUUCAGACUUUUCUGCUUUUUGGCUUUGGGGCUUCCUCCACCAACAAGUAUCUGAGUGUCUGUUCCUGAACAGAUGGCUGCUCUUUUCCUAAAGAGGUUAACAUUACAAACCAUCAAGACUGAAAAUACCUGCAUUAGAAGAUGUCUGGGUAAAUCCAUUGGACAAAAAGCGCCGGCACUGCCGUCCCACGUUGCCUCCGCCCCAACAUCCUGCCUCGUUCCCGCAAAAGCUUUUAGUACUGAGGACACCCAGGAUGAGAGAAAAAAGAAAAGAAAGAAAGAACCGUCAUUUAGUAACGUUGGGAGAAAAAUCAACGAGCGCAUCAUUCAGGUGCUGGACGAGAAGGGCCACGACCUGGGCCCCAUGCACCGGGCGAACGUGAUCCGGCUCAUGGCCGAGCGCGACCUGCGGCUGGUGCAGAGGGACCCCAACGCCGAGCCCCCGCGCUACCAGCUCCUGACGGGCGUGCAGAUCCACCAGGAGCGGCUCCGGCUCAGGGAGCUGGAGCUGGCCGAGCCCAAGCCCAGACCCACGCUGACAAAGGAACUGACUUUCUCUUCAAAUAUUGGACAACAUGAUUUGGACACAAAGAGUAAACAGAUUCAGCAGUGGAUCGAGAAAAAGUACAAAGUUCAAAUUACAGUAAAGAAAGGGAAGAAUGCAGAAGAGCCAGAAAAUAAAAUGGAGGAGAUAUGUAACCGCAUACUCCAGGCUCUGCCUGGAACAGCUACCUUCUCAUCCAGGCCACAGCCCAUCAGAGGGGGAAAGGCUGUGAUGUGUGUUCUGCGUCCCCUGAGCAAAAAGGAAGAGGACGCGAGCAGAGCAGCUCAGGGGACCCAGAGAGGAGACGCUCUGAACAGAGGAAACGGAAACGCUGGGGCAUCCGAUGCGCCGCACCAGUGA